AUGCGAUCAACGUUAUCCUCCUUUGGAAUCUUUUGCAGACAUCGUUGAAUUUUUCGAGCAGGGGGGCACUGAACCAUAGGAGGAAAUGAAAAUAUCUGUCAGUACUAGUCGUAGCUCAUGAGUCAGCAAAUGUUGACAGCAAAUUCAGACUUUUGCGCAACGAACUGUCUAUUCUUUCUAUCCCUUGACGGUUCACUUGUCGAGUUGCUUGUCAUCUUCAGACUUGCAGCGUACAAAUCUUGAUUGCUAUCUCUUCGCUGCAGCCUGCAUGCCAUUCCUAGAGCUUCAAGAUGGGUGAAGCUGGUGAAAUUCAGCUUCAGAUCGCAGGUAUCCGAGGCCAUGAAGGCGGAGACGAUCAUGUGCAGAGGGCCGGGAACGGUGGUGCGUGUCCUCCGCCAGCCGCGGCGCCGCGGCCGGCGCUAUCGAAACGGCUGGCGUGGUGGGCGGUGGUCCUCGUCAACGUCGUGUUCGUCCUCGCCGGGCAGAGCGUGGCCACGCUCCUCGGCAGGAUCUACUACGACCAGGGCGGCAAGAGCCUGUGGAUGCAGACGGUGGUGCAGUCAUGCGGCACGCCGCUCGCCAUCCCGCUGCUCCUCUACUUCCGGGCCAGGAAGUCCUCCUCCUCCGUGGCGCCGGCUGCCCGGCCGCCGCUCGCCAAGCUCGCCGCCAUCUACGCCGGCCUGGGCUUCCUCCUCGCCGGCGACAACCUGAUGUACUCGUAUGGCCUCCUGUACCUGCCCAUGUCCACCUACUCGAUCAUCUGUGCGAGCCAGGUCUCGUUCAACGCCGUCUUCUCCUACUUCCUGAACAAGGAGAAGUUCCGGGCGCUCAUCCUCAACUCCGUCGUGCUGCUCACCUUCUCGGCGGCGCUCGUCGGCGUGAGCCACGGCUCGGACGGGAGCGGCAGCGACAUCCCCAAGGGGAAGUUCCCGGCGGGGUUCGCACUGACGCUGUCGGCGUCGGCGCUCUUCUCCCUGAUCCUGUCCCUGAUGCAGCUGACCUUCGAGGAGGUGCUCAAGAGCGACACGCUCCCCACCGUGCUGGAGAUGCAGUUCUGGAGCAACACCGCGGCCGCGUGCGUGUCCGUGGCCGGGCUGUUCGCCUCCGGGGAGUGGCGCGGCAUCGCCGGGGAGAUGGCGGCGUACCGGAAGGGCGAGGUGGCGUACGCCAUGACGCUGGCGUGGACGGCCGUCUCGUGGCAGCUCUGCACGAUGGGGCUCAUGGGGCUGGUCGCGGCGGUGUCGUCGCUGUUCACCAACGUGAUCAGCACGGUGGGCACGCCGCUGUCGCCCGUCAUCGCGGUGAUCUUCCUCGGCGACCGAAUGGACGGGGUGAAGCUGCUGGCCAUGCUCAUAGCUGUUUGGGGACUCCUGUCCUACGUGUACCAACACUACCUCGACGACCGUGCCAAGGAGGAACAACUCCAAGCUGGAAAAAUCUCCGCAGAAUAAUGCUUGAUUUUUUUUUUGUUUCUGACACGACCAACGAUCACAUCACAUUGCUACUUAGAUCUUUUUGGAUCACCUAAUAGACUAAACUUUGAUAUAAAGCAAGGUUGUAUUGAUAUAUAUGGGGCCUAUGCAAAAUUAAAAUAUGUUCUCAAUACAAAAGAAGUUAUCUUUUUAUUCAUCAA